GGAUCUCGUUCUACCAGAGAGUCUUAGACGGUGAGAAGGUGAUCUGUCUGCUGCUCCUGCUGCUGCUGCUGCUUCUGCUGUUGUUGUUGCUGCUGGUGUUGUUGCUACUGCUGCUGCUACUUAUCUCGGCUCUACUAGUGAAGAUGGUACCACAGCAUCUGCUGCUGCUCUUCGGGGUAUUGACAUCCCCUGCCUGGGCAUCCAGCAAAUGUCAGCCGCCGUUCGAGCGUCUCCAGGACGAGUUUUGUAUACAUGUGAAGGUGACCGCCCCGCCUGAGGGAAGUGGGCUGCCGCUGAAGUGGGCGGAGGCGAGGGCGGAGUGCGUCAAGCUGGGCGGAGACUUGGCAGUGGUGGGUCGCACUGAGAAGCUUCAAGCCAUCUCCUACUAUAUUGACAAGUCACUGCCUGCCUGGGCCAGCAAGUUUAUCUUCUGGGCGGGUGGUCAACGCAUCGGCUCAGGUCCCUGGACGUGGACCAACGGUAGGCCGGUCAGCCUCAAGUCUCACGUGUGGACUCCCAGCAGACCAGAGAAGACGACAGACAACCGUUACACAAUGGUCGUCCCCGUUGACGAGGUCUACAAUAGACGCUACCUACUUGACUACAGGGAAGACCAGGCUGCCCCGGCUUUUAUCUGUGAGAAGUGAGGGAGAGAGUUUAGAGAAUAAGGGGGGAGGGAAGAGGAAGGGAGAGAGAGAGAGAGAGAGAGAAGAGUAAGAGUGAUGAACAAAGAAUGAGGUAGUAGGAGAUAACUUGUUACUGAAGAGAUUGUUCACUUGAAGUGAGGUACUGUAUUACUCUCUCAAUCAUAUCUGCCCAAUAUGAGAGGGAAAACGAAUGCAAACACAUGAAAACAAGUUUACACUAACAAGAAACCUAACAACCGUCCUCUCCCCGGAAUGAGAACCAAAACUCAUCAGAAUUACCUAACACAAAAAACUAUCACGCUGGAGUCAUCAGGGUACUGAGGAAUGAAGGUAAACAGAUCAACACUUCGGCACAGGGGAUCGAAGAUAUAGCUGGGGGAGGAAUUAGCGUUAAGAGUUGGGCUCUAAUGACAUUAAGGUAAGCAAAGAGCCCGGUGCAUAAGGUGUCUUGUUCCAGCGCUUAGUUGAUGUCAUCCAGGUGUGUAAUGCUUCCUGAGAAGAGAGACAGAGAGAGAAUGGUGAAAUCAUAUUACAAUAGUCAUUUUAGUUUUCUGCUGUCAGAAUUUGAUUCGUUUCUUUGAGCUGUGUGUCAUUUUUCCUGUUCUUAAACCAUGCCAUCGUACCACAUGGACAUACGCUUGAUUCUUUGCUUAAAAGAUAUUCAUGCUACAGAAGAAAGUGCUCAGAAAUUUGGUCAGGCGAGACAUAUAAGUCUCCGUACACAUGGCACUCUGUUAAUGUUUCACCUGCACACAAAAUCAGGCACUAAAUUUUAAGGCAACGUAGUCUAAA